AAAAACUAAAGGAAGCUUUAUUUUCUGUUCUGGUAAGAAAUUUAUUUUGGUGCAUCACUACUUCCUUUUGGUAUGGAGUGUCUUAUAAGAAAUUCACACUGAGAGAAUGUUGCAUCAAAUUAUAUAUUUGUUGGCAUUAAAGAUGGUAGUUUUAAACGAACAAAUUUGUAACAAAAGUGAGCGGAGUACGUGUCCCACCACAUGAUGCAGUUGGAAACUACAGUCCAGGAGGAACAGCUACUAGUACCAACCAAUACAAGGCCCCGGUGACCUCCAGUGAUUAUAUCGCUUUGAGUGCGAAUGCCCCUUGACACAAGUCAUACAAGCUUUUUCUCAGAACAUAAACAAUGGCCAGCAUCUCAGAGGGACUUAUUUGUGCAGGUGUUGGUAAUAACAGGGAGGAGCUGUGGUGUGUGUGUGUGUGUGUGUGUUAGUGAAGGCCCCAGAGACGAGCAGACGCUCACCAAGACGUGAUUCUCAGGAGCAACAGGAAGAGGCUGGGUUUCAUUUUCAAGGAGGAAUUACACCAUCUGCAGCUCCACACAGGGAAGAGCUGUAAACAACAGGUCCUGCGUGGAGGAUGUCUGUAUAUAUCAUACAUCGUUCUGUUAGUGUCUGGUUAUGAUUCCAAGGUGUUGCAGGUUUCUGUCAAGUAACAUCGUUAAUUGUGGCAGUGAAACUGUUGAGGAGCAGCGACAGAAAAUUCAGUCCGUGAACAUUGAGCAGCACACAACAAAUGUAAUAGUACAACCAUCUAAGCCAUCCAGUGCUGGGAGCAGAGGAAUUACAGAGACGAGUCAGCCUUCCUCCCAGCCAGCGUCUGCCAAGAUGUCCUCUGAAACACACGCUGUAGACGCCACCCCGGCCCUCCCUGAGCUUCUAGGAGACAUACCUUUCACUUUAGCUCCACACAUCCUGGCCAUGCAGGCGGGCCUGCCCUUUGUAACAGAUUUCACCUUGCCUCACAACAUAAAUGACAAACUAGCCAACUUUCGUUAUGACUUCACCUUGGAGAACUCAGUGCUUUGUGAGCCGUGACUCUUUGCCCAUCAGUUAUAUCACUAAACACGUGGUGAACUAUGAGCCUUUCCUCUUUAACCGUUGGCCUCUUAAAUAAACCAAGAUCUAGUUUAGCUGACAGAAAUCAGUCACUGUCUAAACAGUGUUGGGCUCGACUGAACAUAUUGUCCUUUUAGUUAGCAUCAAGAUGGUUUAUCAUCUCUCAGGGUCUUGCACUUGAUUGUGAGAUGAGCAUUACUGUCUUGUUUUAAUGCAGUAGACGAGUAUUUAUAAGAUGACCUGCAGCUUUACGUUUUUCAAAUGUAGUUCAAAUUUUACGGGUGUAAAAUCUGUGCAAUUUAGCAUUUCGACUCUGCAGGGUCCUGUAGCAUAAGAUGAUAUGCUGAACUGAAAUAGGGUUGUUUUGAAACUGCUGUGUUUCUAAGUAGUGGCUUUGGGCUGUUUGAUGUUUCAGACGUCCGGUCUGUGUUGGCCUUCUUUAGUUUUUCCUUACUUCUGCAAAGACUCACUGUUAUUUACAGAAUCAGUUUUAAGGUCAUUGACUGAAAGCAGUCAUAAUGCAUAGGAAGUGUAUUUUAUAGUAAUCUAUCUCUCAGUGAUGUUUAAACGUAUGUAAAAUAAAUAACUCAGUAAUAGAAGAAUUUUAUUCAAAUACAAAUUAUAUUUAAAAAAAACAAUCCCUGUCUGCUAUUGGUCAGUCAAACAGAUAGUCCCGCCCUAAACAGUCACUGUUGCUUGAGUCAGAUGGCUGGUUGGGAUGUGCAAACAGAACAAUGUCCUGAUACUGUAGUGUUUUGCACUUUUCAGGAUAAUCGAGAUAGAAUAUAGCUUACUUGUAGUUGUCUCUGCAUAUAAUGCAGGGAUAUUAAGUAUUUUUACAUCACAAAAAUGACACAUCAAUUUAAGUUACUUAUGAAUGGAUUGCUCUUAAAAUCCCGAGACAGACAUUGGAGGGCUUUUUAUAAAUAAGCCAAUAUCAUAUCUCUUUGUUCGUAAACGUGUUUUUUUUUCUUCUGUUUGUGUGAAUAUGCAUACCUCGACUGGUGUUGUGUGGUUUUAAUGCAUGACGUUUUGAAGUUCUGCUUAAACAUGACACACCCCAUUUUGGGAGGCAGAUAUGUAUUCUGAACAAAGUUUGAUUGCAAAAACAUGCACAUGGGUUUUAGUAGGAUUUACUGUUCUGUUUGAAUAGGCCACACGGUUGUUGAGCUGUUUUUUCUUGUUUUUCUUUUAUCUGAAUUUCAGUUAAUGGAUGGGUUUCAUCAGUGCGUGCUGCUAUUUACACAAUGCACUCAGGAGUUUAACUGUGUUUCCUUUAUAUCCUCUGUACUUCACUUGAUAGCAGUUGAUACCACUUCAUAUCUCACUUUUGUUUAUUAAAAAAUCUUUUAUUAGUCUGUGUUUUGAUUUGUCUUUCUUUCCGACUUGGUUAUUUUAUCUAAGCUUCUUCCGGAUGUAUCUUUUUGACUUAUCCUUUUCAAAAAUGUACUGAAGUAAUCAAAGUUGUGUUUGCUCUAUAAAAAUGUAUGUAAAAUAAUUUAAUCACCUUAACUCCUUUGUUGGAUUCCUUAUUGAGUCAUAUCUGGAACAGAAUUCUUCAUUUUUCUGAUCCCACAUGAUGUUUAAAUUCUGAGCAUGCAUUAUAAUGGUGUUUCAUUAAAAUCUUAUUUGAUCACA